ACGGCGAGCGUGCUGCGCGUGCGCGGUGGGCGCGGCCGGUCGGAGGGGCUUCCCGGCGGGUCAGGGGCGCGGCGGCCCGGGUCCUCCGCUCCAUGGUGCGCGGGUGCGGCGGCGGCCGGCGGACGCGUCCUUGGGAUGGAGCACAUCCGUACGACCAAGGUUGAGCAAGUGAAGUUACUUGACCGCUUCAGCACCAGCAGCAAGUCAGUAACAGGCACGCUGUAUCUCACCGCCACGCAUCUGCUGUUCAUAGACUCUCAUCAGAAAGAAACCUGGAUACUGCACCACCAUAUUGCCUCGGUGGAGAAACUAGCUCUGACGACUUCCGGGUGCCCCCUCGUCAUCCAGUGCAAGAACUUCCGGAUUGUGCAUUUCAUCGUUCCCAGAGAAAGGGACUGCCAUGACAUUUACAACUCUCUGUUGCAGCUGUCAAAACAGGCAAAAUAUGAAGACCUCUAUGCAUUCUCUUAUAAUCCCAAACAAAAUGACGCAGAGAGACGGCGGGGCUGGCAGCUCAUCGACCUUGCGGAGGAGUACGAGCGGAUGGGUGUGCCAAAUUCCAACUGGCAGCUGUCUGACGCCAACCGCGACUACAAGAUUUGUGAAACUUAUCCCAGAGACCUUUAUGUUCCCCGGAUAGCAAGCAAACCAAUAAUUGUUGGUAGUUCCAAGUUCCGGAGCAAGGGGAGAUUCCCAGUCCUCUCCUACUAUCAUCAAACGAAGGAGGCUGCCAUUUGCCGGUGUAGUCAGCCACUGUCAGGAUUCAGCGCCCGGUGCCUGGAGGAUGAGCACUUGCUUCAGGCCAUCAGCAAAGCCAACCCCGCCAACCGCUACAUGUACGUCAUGGACACCAGGCCCAGACAUCGCAUGCAGAGCUGGUGGGCUACACAAAAGGACAUUGGCAGAAUUAUAGUGAGGAUUUCUUCAAAAAUCUGGAAUGAUGAGAAAAUAAGAGAAAGCGAUGGGAAAAAGCGACUGAAUGCGAUGGCCAACAGAGCAGCUGGAAAAGGCUAUGAAAAUGAAGACAACUAUUCUAACAUUAGGUUCCAGUUUGUUGGGAUUGAAAAUAUUCACGUCAUGCGGUCCAGCCUCCAGAAGUUAUUGGAAGUCAACGGUACCAAAGGGCUUUCCGUCAACGAUUUCUACUCGGGUCUGGAGAGCUCAGGAUGGCUUCGCCACAUCAAAGCUGUUGUGGACGCCGCGAUCUUCUUAGCCAAAGCGAUAGUGGUUGAGAACGCAAGUGUGUUGGUGCAUUGCUCUGACGGCUGGGACAGGACUUCCCAGGUCUGCUCCCUGGGCUCUCUCUUACUGGACCCCUACUACAGGACAGUCAGAGGAUUCAUGAUUUUAAUAGAAAAGGAUUGGAUCUCCUUUGGACAUAAAUUUUCGGAGAGGUGUGGCCAUUUGGAUGGUGACCCAAAGGAAGUCUCACCCGUGUUUACUCAGUUCUUGGAAUGUGUGUGGCAUUUGACCGAGCAGUUUCCACGAGCCUUCGAGUUCAAUGAAGCGUUUCUUCUUCAGAUCCAUGAACAUAUUCAUUCUUGCCAGUUUGGAAACUUUAUUGGAAAUUGUCAGAAGGAAAGAGAAGAGCUCAAGUUAAAGGAGAAGACUCACUCCCUGUGGCCGUUUCUCUUGGGUGACCAGAAGAAGUACUUCAACCCUCUCUACAGCUCCACCUCUCAGAAACGGGCAGUUUUGGAGCCAAAUACAGUAUCUUUCAACUUUAAGUUUUGGAGAAACAUGUACCACCAGUUUGACCGAACGUUGCAUCCCAGGCAGUCUGUGUUUAAUAUAAUUAUGAAUAUGAAUGAGCAAAAUAAACAGUUAGAGAAAGACAUCAAAGACUUAGAAUCUCAAAUUAAGCAAUGUAAAAACAAGCACGCGGGUGGAGUUCUCACCAAGGAGUCGCUCAGUUCAGUGCGUCCUGAGCCACCUGCCCUCAGAACCUCCUUGUGCCUCAAGGAGCAGACUCUGCUGCCCGCGAACGAUGCUCUCCGGACCAUAGAGGGCAGCAGCCCCGCGGACAACCGCUACAGCGAGUAUGCGGACGAGUUUCCCAAGGCGGAGCCUGCCGUGGUCAGCUUAGAGUGCGGCGUGGCCAGGAUGACGUGUUAGGCUCCCAGCGAGUGUCCUGGCUGCCUGCGGGGCGGGAAGUGGGUUAUCGUGAGCGUGGCUCGUGUGCGUGACGGGAGGGAUUGGCCUAGUGAUGGUCUGGCGUCUACCACCAGGCACAUAAUGGAAAUCAGGAUGCGCGUGUGAGAGAGGUCAGUGUAGCUGCGUUUCCAGCAAGGAGUGAAAGACCUUCAGUUCUUUAAGAAGCAGGUGGCACUGGCCAGCGUCCUGCAGGCGCAGUCUGUACUGUGUGCUAGUGGACCGACACAUCUGUAUGAUCCACACAUUCAUUACAGCCAAACAGGACUAGCCUUCCGUGAGUGUAAUCUGAUUGCCAGAAAGCAAAAGUGACAAAGUGGUUCCUUCCUUACUAAGUGACAUGGCCUGUACUUUCAGUUAUGUAACUAUGAAUAUUUGCAAAUUUUGCCUAUUAGUGGUGUUUAUUGUUGAAGUGCCAUGAACAAUAUUUCUAAGAAAGCCUUAAAAUCUCAGUGUAUUCAUUACAUCACGCUUCAGUUCUGUAGCCUAGAGCGAGAGGGUCUGUUCUGCUUCCCCUGCUCAGCGGGUUGUGUUUGUGAAGAGUUGCUCCGGCCCCUGCGGGGGCUGCGUGCUGCGGUGCCCCUGUGGGAGCAGAGGUCAAAGGACACGCCAGCCUCACGUUUGGCUGGUCCCACUUCCGUAGUCAAAAUUAACGAAACUGAGGGUUUUGUUCUGGUUACAAUUUGUUUAGUGCUGCAUCUGACGACUUAUUAUUUACACCGGAGGUUCUUGAUUUCUUGACUGCGUGUGAGCACAUUAGAUGGUCGUUUACGAAUGCAUCACUGCAUCUGUUGAUUCUUAUCUUGUGAUUGGCUUUACCCUUUGACAACUGUGUACGUUUACAAAGCUAAAGCUCUAAACUGUUCUUAGAAACAAGGAAUAGUACAUAUAUGUAUGUUUUUAAACUGUUUUAUUGCUCAACUAAUUGCUCUUCCUAGAAUAAACUUUCCAUUUACCCAAGAAUUUGGGGGUAAAAAAAAAAGGGAGUACAGAUAGUUUAGCUUUUGCUUGGUUGCAUGAAUUUUUCUCUGUGAAACAUUUUUUCUUCUCUGUUAACAGAGAAGGAAAAAAGGAAAAUUAAGGUUAACCUAAUACAAAGUUAAUGUUUGACCAAAAAACUUAUAUGCUAGGAAGAAUUUCAUUUUGCCAUGAUACAAUAACUGUUUAUUCUUUGUACUAGUACAUAUCAUUAAAGUAUGAAGAAAAGAAAGAAAGAAAGAAAAGAAAGAAAAAAAGGCUUUCAGUUGACAGGAUCACCCAGCUGGCUUUAAGGUGGACACUUUUACAGGGGUGGUACAAGAUAUGAUUCAAGGUACUAGGAAAUCUGCAUAGGAUCCCGUAUGCUUCUUUUUAUUACACCUACAUUUAUUAUAUUAAUUUUGAACAUAAAUAUCUUUUUCAAAUGGGAAAAAAAAGGCUUUAUUGUAUGAGCUUAUCUAAUGCUAUUUAUUUUUCCAAUGCUUUUCUGUGAUGCAUUAUGUAAUAAGAAAAAUACUUCUUUUUAAACAGUAACAGAAGUGCACUAUAAAAUAUAGUUUGUGAUUUAGCCAAG